AUGGAAGAAGAGCUUGUGCUUUUGCGAAAAGAGUUUUUGCAACGAAUAUAUCACGACAAGCCAGGAGCGGAUGCUACUCGGGAGGAGAAAGCGAAAUGGUUUGAGAGUCGAUCCGAGGAGGUCUCAAAAAUGACUAACAUACUCAAUGAAGACAAAGAACAGUUGGCACCCUAUGACAGGAUGAAAUAUAUGGAUCAACUCUCUGACUUGAUCGUACGGUUACAUGAAACACGUUCUGAAAUCCUACCUCGUCCUCCUUUUCGUUUCCAUCGAUCCAACCAUGUGCAGCAGCAAACAAAAUCAAUCACUGGCAAGCAAAUACGUGAAGAUACAAAGCUCAAACGAUUCGAAAAUGAGACUCUUUUCUUGUCAAAUCUGUCCAACGAAACCGUAGAUGGUAAUUUUUUCGAUAAUCAAGAGCAAAGGCCAAUCAAGUUAAUUGUACAAGGCUUAAGAGGAUGCAAUGUUCACAUUCCAAGCUGUUCUACUGUUCACAUCAAUGAGUCAAAUGACUGUACCUUUCACUUUCGCAACAUUCAAGGAUCCCUCCAUAUUUCUCAGUUAAUAAACUCUCGGUUAUAUGCCUCUAGUCACCAGUUUCGGCUACAUGAAUCCAAUCAUCUCUCUAUUGAAUUGCACUGCCAAACUUCGCCUGUUUUAGAGGGCUGUAAUAAUAUCAUCUUCAAGAAUCCUAGUGCACAUCCCAUUUUGGAUUUUUCUUGGGCUCGACCUGAACCAUCCCCCAAUUAUCAAAUAAGGUCAUAA